AUGAAACGAGGGCUUCCUUGGAGUGCGGCAAAAGGAUUUGAUACAUUUACUCCGAUUGGUGAAUUUAUUCCUAAAGAGAAAAUUAAUGAUUCAAAAAAUGUUGAUUUAUGGUUAAAGGUAUUUAGAAAACUUGAUAAUAUCUGA